CGAGUCCAACACGAGUCAUCUAAUGACGUAAAGAGUCCUCCCUGCAUACUUCUUUCAAUUCAAGAUUCUGUUUUUCUUUUCAAAUUCAAGAACAAUCUUUAUCUUUAUCCGAUUAUAUAUUCAUGAAACAAUCGUUUCAAUUCAAAUUUCUGUUUCUCUGUUUUUCAUUGGAUUCAUCUCGAAUUUCUCAAUGCAACCAAUCGCGCUCAUACUUCCUUCAAUUCAGGCGCCAACUGGAAUGUGCAAAUUUGACAACGAAGACGACACAAAAUUCUGAAACUUCUCUCUCUGGCUUUCGAGAAAAAAUGUCCACCGGAAAUCACAGAAGGAUUUCCCCAGAAGAAGUUCAGAAUGUAAAAAAUCAAAUAGAACAAUGUCUAUGGAAUUACAUGAACAAGAAACAAGCGAUGGAUAUUCUCUAUCAGAAACAAAACAUCGAACCUAUCUUUACAAAGCUUGUUUGGGAGAGGCUUGAAGAAGAAAAUCAAGAAUUCUUCAAGAUUUACUAUCUGAAGUUAGCGUUGAAAAAUCAAAUAACGCAAUUUAACGAUCUGCUUUAUCAACAAGCUGUAGCUGAUUCAAAUCAAGCGAAUAACCCACAUGGAGUUGCGUGUAAUGGAUCUCAUUUACAUGGAAGUAAUUUCGGUUUCCAUCAAGGAGUGAAUCAUAAUAAUGUGCCGGAAAAUGUUGCCGUGAAGGCGGAGAACAUGCAGCAGUACAAUUUUCCGGCGGUGGUGCAGGGCGGGUUUAAUGGUGGUGGACCGUUUGUACAGUCGGUGAUGCAAAAUGGUCCGGUGAAUAUGGCGGUGGGUACUCAGAAUGGGAAUGGGGUUGCAGUCGGUGGGCCUGGGUAUUUUGGUAAUUCGAGGUUUUUCUAUCAGGCGACUCAUGUCAAUGGCAAUGGCAAUGGAAUGGAAUCACAUCAUGACGUUUCAUCAUUCGGAAACAAUGGCAAUGGAAUGGAAUCACAUCAUGACGUUUCAUCAUUCGGAAACGCGGAUUCCAUUCCGGUUUCAUAUCGGUUAAAUGGAACAGUUAUGGAUGAGGCUCAUUCAUCUCAUCAACUUUUGCGACAAUUUGGUCAACCGGAAUCGAGAGGAGAAAACAGCAGAGUUGGCAAUAUAUCAAGAAACUUUGAUUUUCAGAAUUUUGGGAGAGAUUCGUAGAACAAUAAGAGUCAAUAAACUAAGGUGGUCAAUUGUAAAUACUAAAUACAAAUCUUUGUAAAUAGUAAUGGAAGGAAAGGAUUAUGCGUUUCAAGUAUUGUAGAUAUAACGAGAUCAAAGACUUUGUAAUCAUUGUUUGGUACUUGACAUUACAAUAAAAAUAAAAUCGUUACGAAAGUUAGAAAAUCUAA